CAAAACAGAGCAGCACCCCUCCGUUCCUCGUCCCUAAAAUUGUCUUAUUUACGGUCUGCGCAUUUUCAGCUUUCACCAUCAAUUCUUUGUGGAGCCCAAACACCAGACAUCUGCCAGUGGUAAAGCGUGGAGGACGAUUGCAAGCGCAUUCCUUCACGCCGAGGGUAGGGCUCCAGCGACCCCAGGCACGCAGAUGGUGGGGUGAAUACUUCAAACGUACGUUGGUUUUAAAUGAAAACGCUUUUUCUGGCUGCCGACGAACUCAAACUUCGUUCCUUGGCGUCAUACCCGAAAUUGGCAGACGAUUUCUGGGUGCAGCCCACCCACGCCCCCCGCCAGAAGUUUCUGCUGGCGUCAUAGCGUUAGCGCCAACAUCUGUCACGCAUUCUGCCCACAGACUUCAUCUGUGAAGCUGACGAUCAGAACUCUGUGCUUCUGAAGAAAGAUUCCAUAAAACAGUCUUUCUGAGCAGUUAAAAGCCUUAGUCUCUCUUUUUCUCGUCAUUCUCGAGAGACAUCCCGUGCAGAGAGUGCAGCGAAUGUUUUGUUCAAGGGAUAUAACUCACUUGUCUGCACAGAAGAGCUCCACGCUUUGGGAGUCUUGGUGGAGGGCUGCAGUCUGAGGCGUCCUGUGUCCUGGUGCUUGCAGGCAAAAGUCGAGAACGAAAGUCCAGGCACUGGUUGCAGCAAAAGCAGCUCAAAGACCAGAUUCCUGCAAUAGCAUCUUUUCCCAGCAGUGCCAGAGAUCAUUGCAGCCAAGCAGCGGUGUCGUGGUCUGACAGCAUGUCACGGAUGUGCCGCAGUGUCAUGGCCGGCUCCUGUUAUUUUGUGUCCCUUCUGUGGCUGUUGUUCUUCUGUCUAAUUACGGGACAAACCCUGGCUGACCCCUGCGAGUCAGAGCAUCACAGAGUGGUGGACGACUACAGAAGAGAGACAAGCUAUGUGACUCCAGCACGUGGCAACUUCGUGUGUGACGCCUACAUGGAGAGUGGGUGGUACCGCUUUCUGGUCAACGGCACACAGGCCUCCAUUCCCACUUCUUGUGUUGAGCCCAACAGAUGCGGUACACAAGCACCAGUGUGGGUCAACAUGCCAGACACACAUAUACCUUCCCCUGGAGCGGAAGUCGUCGUCCAGGCAUGCUCGAGCUGGUCUUCGCCAGGGCAGGAAACGAACUGCUGCUUCUACCCCUACAGCGUCACAGUGCGCAACUGCGGCGAGUUCUUCCUGUAUCGUCUGUCAUCUACUCAAGCCUGCAACAUCGCCUACUGUGUAGAAACUGACAUUAUCGACUGUGGUGAGGGCUGGCUGUUUGACACACUCCUCAGGCGCUGUGUUGCCAUUCUCACACCUUCACACCCGUGUAGCCAGGGCGAGGAAUUCGAUGACACAACUAACAGCUGUGUUGCUCGGCAAAAAUCACUCGGCAGACCACAAGUAACUCUUUUUGUGGAUGGCCUCGGUGGAGCUUUUCUAAACUGUUCCUGGACGUCCUCGACUCCUACACAUGUCCUCGAUCCUGUAGUCACGUGGUACCGCGUUGCCGGAAGUAGCUUCAAGCCGGUCUCCGACAGACAAACUCUUAAAGUGGGAUCGGACGUGUUUGCUGGAUCAACGGUCGUGUGCGAACUCGACUCAAACGCCGACACACGUGCAGGGCAGAAAGACACAACAGGAUACAGCGAACCUUUCUUUUUGGGGUUAAAGGUUCGAGAGCACAACGUGACGGUACGAGACAACGCCCAGCCUGUGAAUGUGACCAUUUACUCUACCAUUCCUAUUUACUGCGCGCCUACCACCUCUACCUCCGAUUGCAUGCUGGGAGUUUCUCUGUUGGCUUUUGGCCAAGAUGGAGAGCCCAAUCCCCGGGUGCGAUUCUCCACAUGCUACGUGGAGUUUAAAGCCGCCGACUGCCUCGGGGCCGUGUGCAGCGAGCACGUGGUACAAGUCACCUACUACCCGGAUAUACGUCACACCACUCAAGAAGAGGUGAUCACUCUGGUUGGGGCGAUCUCCGGACAGGGACUGUGGCGACAGGAGGUGGUGGAUGUCGAGAUACACCUGCAGCACGUACCCAUCGCACAAUGUCACGUGUUUGCUGACCCACACAUCAUCACAUUUGAUGGCGAGGUGCAUCAAUUUCACAAUCGAGGAACUUUUCUACUUCACGAGAGCUUGACCAGAGAUUUCACGGUGCACGUGCGAGUCUCAGAGUGCAGGGGUGGAGGAGGUUCCUGUGCAUGCGGCCUCGUGGCACGGGACAACGACGACGUGGUGUCCAUUGACAUGUGUCACGGACAACUUCCGCCUGGAAAAGCUGACGUUUCAUUUCCGGGAAGUUUCCUCACCGACGACGUCAAAGUAUUUGAGACAAACAACGGCAACAUGUUGACCGUGCUGUUUUCCAGUGGCACUUUGAUCAAGGCCGUCUUGGAGGUUUGGGGAAUGUCUAUCUCGCUGCUGGCGCCACCUACAGAUGAUGGGCUGUCGCGAGGUUUGUGUGGGAUGACCGUCUACGACCCCGACAGCGACCUUAUGGAUCCUGUAGGCGGCAGAGGCGAGGGCGUCAGUAGAGGACAGGAUGUAGGAGACUUGGCUGAAAUAUGGAGACUGCCUCCCGGCCGCAGUUUCUUUGAGGAGCCGCCGCUGUCCACCUCUGUGAUGCACGGCGCUGCUCCUCGCUGUGACUGCUCGCCAUCCGAGACACCUGGGGACACCUGUCCCCACACACCACUCCUGACUGACGUCAUUCCCUCCGUUUUACCUGCAGACGACCGAACUGACUUUUUCUUUACUCUUAACCGCUUCCAGGGUGGCAGCGGGGACGAAGACUUGCCUGCCACACUGGCUUCAGAUACCACAGUUGGUCCUUUCAAAAGACGAGGUCUUGAGCUUCCUGUCUUGGGCAAUAAUAUCGUCAACGAGAGAACACUCUAUGGCAAUCUAGAAAAUGAGCCACCAUCUGGGGAAGAGUAUACGUUGCGAAGGAUGCCAGAAUACUACUUCAAGUAUGACAGCGUCAGGGAUGCAUCCACUUCACCUUCAACCUCGCCCCCUCACUCUGCUCUGAGCGAAAAGGAGGCUGUGGACAUCUGCACGGAGACCCUUCUUGGCUCAGACGUUGCGCUGAACUGUGCUGAGCAUCUCGGCAAGUCCAUCGAAACGGUGUUUGAGAUUUGUAAAUCUGAUAUUAAGGUCAAGGGUCAGCGGAGGUGGGUGGAGGCGGCCAUGUCCCUGCUGGUGACUUUAUGCGACCUGAGCUUGCUGCAGUCGGCCAGACACUUCUCCAAGACCUCCAGAUCCAGGCCGGAAUGGCCAGCUGUCCUGCAGAAUGCCCUGGCAUGUCCGAGAGGCUGCGGCAGCGGAAAUUGCAUCGCCGGCGGCUGUCAGUGCGCGCCAGGGUUUAGUGGUCGGGACUGCCGGGACUUUGGGGAACAGAUGCCGUUAGAUGGUGAAAAGACCUCCACAGCGUCAAUAAACGCAACGCUGUCGUCAUCUGACACAACAUCGUAUUUAACAUCGUCGACGACAUUCACCACAACAGCGACGGUAACAGAGGAAGACACAAAGCAGUUUAUCGUAACUCAAGAUACAACAACUACUUUGUUUGACACGACAAACUCGACGACAGUGACUGAUUCGUCCCCUGCAGAAUCAACCACAUCCACUUUACAUACUGCUUCGUUCACUGUGACAGAAAUGUUCACAAGCGAACAUACCCCGAAAACAACAACACCAUCUUGGACAGUAGACGAUGUUUCCUCGACAAGCACAUGGCCCGAGACAACUACAGUCGAACAGUCCGACUCAACAUCUACAACAUAUUUGACGUCCACGGCAAGAACUGCACCAACUACCGGUGGUCUUCCGACCCCUAUGUCUGGACACGGUCAGUCUACUGAGGACUUCAUCACGACGGUUAAAGAGAUGACAACGACAGACGAAGAUGUAGGACCGAGCACGGACUCGCACAGUCUAGAGAACGGUGACCUCCGGUUUCUGUUGUGUGAGGUCAACACCGGUCGCUGCACUGACGUCGUCUUCGACAUUUUUCCUGGAGAGGAACGUCUUCGGUGUCGCGUCUUUCCUGUUGCUGUUGCAGACGGCCAGGUGAAGUCUUUGCUCAUGUCGCAGCCAAUCGUUGUAGGCAACACCUUUGGAGCAGACGGGCGGUUCACCUGUAUUCUGCCCUACGUGGACUUUUUGCGGCCAGCGUUCGGUUCUCGAGUUGCCUUCGACAGCAUGCAAGUCGAGGUGGUGGCGUUGUCUGGGGACGUGCUGUCUACCGUUGUCUACACGAUAUAUGAUUCCCUGUGUCGCAGCUGUGGGAAGGACGGAAGUUCUGGCUGUAGAACUAUCCCAGACACUUGUUACAUCCAAGGAAAAUGUUACCGAAGUCGACAGCCGCAGCCAUUUAGCUCUUGUUUUCAAUGCCGACCUGACGUGAGCCAGGAUGACUGGUCUACACGCGCAGACAACGUUAAACCUGUAAUCAGGUUUGAGGACCGACCCGUCGUUUUUCUCGGCCAGAGCGUUCAGGUGCACGUGUGGACGGUGGACCCGGAUGGGUCGCGCCUCAUUCUGAGUGUGGACAGGAAGGACGCCUACAUCAGCCAGGGGGGACUGUUCCAGUGGCGCACCCCCACAAAUGGUGUCCAUGAUGUUGUUGGAGUACAUUCUUUUGUCAUUACUGCCCGUGACGAGUGCAAUGGUACAACAAGCUCAACUUUAGAGAUUCGGACGAUACCAUGUGAGUGCGACAAUGGCGGCACCUGCACGAACCCCGCUGUCGUGGACUCAGACCCUCGGCAUGACUGUAUCUGUGCCCCUGGCUACACAGGUAAGAGAUGCGAGUCGGACGUUGACGAGUGCAGUUCAGAUCCUUGCCUGCACGGGACCUGUGUCGACCUGGUCAACGGCUAUCGGUGUAUCUGCAACCUGGGAUAUGAGGGCGAGAGAUGCGAAUCAGUCUCGGACCAGUGCCAUAAUGAGCCGUGCUACCCCGGGGUUCUGUGUCAACCAGCAGGCGGCUCCUUCAUCUGUGGACCUUGUCCUGCAGGUUACACCGGCGACGGCCAGAUCUGCGAAGAGUUGGACGCGUGUGAGAGCAGUCCUUGCUUUCCAGGUGUGCAGUGCAAAGACCUAGCGCCCCCUAGCGAAGGCUUCGAUUGUGACGUUUGUCCUCGUUUCUUUCUCGGAGACGGAAGACGGUGCCAGAGAACAACGGAGUCUGCUUGCCGCGCCAAAGUCUGUUCCGAUCACGUGACCUGUCAAGAACUCAAAGAGUUCCCAGGGUACCGAUGUGGACCCUGCCCUCGCGGCUACAGAGGUGAUGGGUCUUCAUGUGAACCUAUCUGCGAGGACGGUUGUCCGGCAGGACGGCUUUGUGUCCGGCCGGGGCUGUGCGGCUGUCGUCCAGGAUACGCUGGUGACACGUGUAACAUUCCGGUAUGUAACCCAGUGUGCCGUAACGGUGGCCUGUGUGUUUCGCCCAACCAGUGCCGGUGUGUGCCAGGCUACACGGGUCCACAGUGUCUGGAAACAACAUGCUCACCACCGUGUGUCAACGACGGACGUUGUGUCGGCAGAAACCGCUGUCUGUGUCGCUAUGGUUACCUGGGCAAUCGAUGUGAACUUCAGGCGUGCGGCAUGGCGUGUCAGAAUGAUGGGGUGUGUGUGGGACCCAACCGUUGCCGAUGUCAACCUGGGUUUCACGGUCAGUACUGCCAGCACGCCACUUGCUAUCCUCCCUGUAUGAACGGGGGGAUCUGCACGUCCCCCGGCCACUGCCAGUGCCCCCCUGGCUAUGACGGACUUCAGUGUGAGCAAGCCAUUUGCAAUCCACUUUGCCAGAACGGCGGCAUAUGCAAGCGAUUUAACACCUGCAAAUGUUUACCUGGCUACGAGGGACACAGGUGUCAGUCAGCUGUCUGUCUUCCUACUUGUCGCAAUGAUGGACGUUGUGUAGGACCAAACACUUGCUCCUGUAGCUCCGGAUGGGGAGGAAACCUCUGUGACAGAUCCGUGUGCAGUCUACCGUGUCGUAAUGGCGGCCUGUGUGUCAAGCCCGAGGUUUGUGCGUGUCGUCGGGGCUAUGGCGGGUCUGACUGCACCCAACCAUUGUGCUGGCCGCAAUGUCAACAUGGCGGCUGGUGUCGAGCCCCAAACGUCUGUCACUGUCCACGAGGGUUUUAUGGAAGACACUGUGAGGUGUCGUCGUCGUCGUCGUCGUCGUCAUUGUAACGAUAGGUACUGAGGAAGUGUAAGAAGUUACGUCACGCUUCAGUUAUAUCAGACGCCAAUUCCCUGCUGACGGCUUAGACUGAAACACUUUUCACUCUAAGCUUAAAGCUCCAAAAAGCAUUAUUGUAACAUAACUAGUAUUUUUUUUUAAUUUGUCAAUACGUAUCAAGAUACUUUGUUAUCAUUCAGUAAGUGUAAGUAUUAUUAUGUUAUUCCUCAAAUGACGAGUAUUAUUUGUGUGUUAAUAUAUGAUAUUAAUAAAUGUUUUAUCGUUCGAAUGACACAUGCUAUUCUGUAACAGUUCGACUUGUAUGGUAUUUACAUUUGUAUCUGUCUUGUCAUUUUCUUUCUACAUUUAAUACCGUUCCAAAUCUGGAAAGUGAGUGUGACAGCUCCUCUUCCGACUGUAAGAAUGAAUCUUGUGAAGAAAAUACGAACACCGUAAACAGAUUCUACAAUACUCCUUCACUAUAAUUCAUCAAUUUUCAUAUAAGAAUGAGACCAUCAUGCAACGCGAAGACAUUAUAUUUGAUCAUUUUUCUUGCAAUUGUUUCAAUCUAUCUAUUUACAUCUUUCAUAUUUUUCCUUAUUUUUUUGCUGGCCAGAGAGCAAAAAUAUUUUUCUUGGCAAGCUGAAGCAUUUGUUAUUACUUGUGAUUUGCUUUUAUUGUGUACUGCGCUGACCUUUUCCUCAACUUGUUGUCAUCUUUAUCAUAUUGAUCUUUCUGUAGUGCUGUAAUAAAUGUCCCGAAGUCGCGACUGGCUUUUGUCGGAAUUCGUGGAAUCAAUAAACUGCCUCAUACUGAGUCUGUCCUCCUGCCUCUCGGCCAUUGUUGUUAAGACAUUUCUUUUUACUUGACCGACAAAAGAUUUUAGAAGAAAGAUAAAUUACUACAACGACAGGAACAAUAAUCUUUUUUUCUCCAGAAACAGAUUUUGAAUGUGUGCGUGCCACCCCAUAGCUGUCACGUGUUGCAACAUGCGCAGUCAAAUAUUCGUUCGAUUUUACCUUUUUUUUUAGAAAAAAUAUUGGAAACAUGUUGGUUCAUCUGUGUUCCUGAUUAA